GUGGCUUUUGCGCUGCAGGCUGCCGUGGGGAAAUGGUUUCGGUUCCUGUUCUCCGGCAGUCACGCUGUUGUGUGUUCUGCCAGCGUUUCUGCCGCUGUACAGAUGGAGAGCAGGGAGUGUGUAGCAAGGAGGGAUGAAGGCAGGAGUGGUGGAGGUGUGACAGCCAGGAGGGAGAACUGAUGAAUCCUAGAAGAGGCUUGAAAGGGAAAAGUUGGGUCCAGUGGGAGCUUAGCAACUGCAAGGAGCAGGAUGAUUUCUCUCCAGAGUUUAUUUUUGAAUGGAAGUGUGCUCCUUCCCAGUAGAAGAUGGUGAUCCUAAUGUAUGAUCAUGGAGAAGGGGAUAAGUUCAGUAGAAGUGUUACCUUCCAAAUCAUCUCAGGUUACAGCUGUAAAAGUGGUGGUCAAAGAGCCCGAAACAAAGCAAACCCAAAGAGGGAAACGAGUGGGAUUUGUGCUUGUCCAUGCAGGUGCAGGUUAUCAUUCCGAAUCCAAAGCUAAAGAGUACAAGCAUGUGUGCAAAAGAGCCUGCCAGAAGGCAAUUGAAAAGUUACAGGCUGGUGCUCUUGCAACAGAUGCAGUGACUGCAGCACUUAUAGAAUUAGAGGAUUCUCCUUUUACAAAUGCAGGAUUGGGAUCUAACCUAAACCUUCUGGGUGAGAUAGAAUGUGAUGCCAGUAUAAUGGAUGGAAAGUCAUUGAAUUUUGGAGCAGUUGGAGCACUGAGUGGAAUCAAGAAUCCAGUUUCGGUUGCAAAUAGAUUGUUGUGUGAAGGGCAGAAGGGGAAACUCUCUGCUGGCAGAAUUCCACCUUGCUUUUUAGUUGGUGAAGGAGCUUUCAGAUGGGCAGUUGAUCACGGGAUACCAGCAUGUCCUCCAGGUAUCAUGGCUACAAGGUUUAGUUUAGCAGCUUUUAAGAGGAACAAGAGGAAGCUGGAGUUGGCCGAAAAGGUGGAAACAGAUCUCAUUCAACUAAAGAAAAGAAGACAAUCAAAUGAAAAGGAGAACGACUCAGGAACAUUGGACACAGUUGGUGCAGUUGUUGUUGACCAAGAGGGAAAUGUUGCUGCUGCUGUCUCCAGUGGAGGUUUAGCACUGAAGCAUCCUGGAAGAGUUGGUCAGGCAGCUCUUUAUGGUUGUGGCUGCUGGGCUGAAAAUACAGGAGCUCAUAAUCCUUAUUCCACUGCUGUGAGUACUUCAGGUUGUGGAGAGCACCUUGUCCGAACCAUACUGGCCAGAGAAUGUUCAUGUGCUUUGCAAACAGAGGAUGCCCACCAAGCUCUCCUAGAGACUAUGCAAAACAAGUUUAUUGGUUCCCCUUUUCUAGCCAAUGAAGAUGGUGUUCUUGGAGGUGUGAUAGUUCUCCGCUCCUGCAGGUGUUCAGCAGAGCCUGAAUCCUCACAGGAAAAGCCAACUUUACUAGUGGAAUUUCUGUGGAGCCAUACAACAGAGAGCAUGUGUGUUGGAUACAUGUCUGCACAGGAUGGCAAAGCUAAGACUCACAUUUCAAGACUUCCUCCUGGAGCUGUGGCAGGACAGUCCGUGGCUAUAGAAGGAGGAGUUUGCAGGCUGGAGAGUCCAGAAAGCAGCUGAUUCUUCACUUCAUUGCAAAGAAUGUGAAUGACUUUUUGUACAAUAAGGGUUUUUUUUGUGUUUUAACAGAUGUUGGGAAUUCUGCUUUUGUUUUAUACUCCGUAUUGCAACCAUGUGCACCAUAACUUGAGACAAGUGCUGCUGUAGUUUAUGUUCUCACUCUGUGAAUGGGGGUUGUGUGCAUGUUCAUUUUGUCUCACAAAUAAAAUAGGAACUCCCCCCAGUUGUGCAAAGAUCAUGCAAGAUUAAUGAUUACAUUUUCGUUUUUUGUGUUGAAAAGUAACCAAAAGUUAAGAAAACAUAGUUUAAAGAUAUGGUCACAAUUGUCAUUCAUAUUUUAAAUUUAAAACAGGCCUUUGAAGUGGCUUUAUAAUUAUGCAAAAAAUUACUAUGGUUUCUAAGUUUCUCAGUGGUUUAAGGAAA